AUGGGGCGAGGAGAACAGAGAAACGGUGGUUGGUCAGAUAUACAACAGGAACUAUUGGAAGAGAUUCUGCGGAAGUUAACAUUGUUUGAUUACCUCAAGUGUCGACGAGUAUGUCGGUCUUGGCGACGUAUAGUUAAUGAUGCUGUCGCAACCAAGGGAACAUGUCCCCCUGCUCCUCAACUCCCAUUCCUGAUGUUGCUUCCUCCUACUCUUAAUAUCAACAAGCCCGCCACUCUUUUGGACAUCACCCAAGAAGGCACUUCUUACACCGUGGCACCACCCCGAACUUGGAAAGAUGUUUAUGUUGAUAGGGUAUAUUCAGUGGAAGGAUGGAUGGUGUUCCGAAAAGUCCAUUAUCACAAAAAUCAGGAUUUGGUUCUGUUUUUCAAUCCAGUUUCUGGUGAAGAGUUUGAGCUCCCACCUUUGACACCCUUUUCACGUAAGAAUUCUUCUCAAAUUGUUUCUGUUAAACUCGUGUUCUAUUCUGCACCAAAUUCCUCAGACUUUCUUGUGGUGGUGUGUGCUACCAUCUUUUCUGACGAUGAAAACAAUAGACAACAGUUAGCUUUUUGCAAGGUUGCUGACAAGUCAUGGACUCUAAUUCCAACAUAUGAAUAUCGAGCAACCCUUUUUAAUAAGUUUGUAAUUCUUGAUUGGAAAUUAUAUGCUAUGAGAGCAUAUAUAUUAGAUACUGUGACAGUUUUUAAUCUCAGAGAUUCCAAUAACAUUACAUUUGAAAGGUUGGUUAUGCUCAAUUCAAAUGCAAUUCCAAAGGAACCUCACAUUGAGCGCAAGGAUGGGGAUUACUACCGUACUACAGAGAGUGAGAUAGGCAUGACAAGAGAUGGGGACGAGCUAUUGUUAGUUCUUCAUCGUGCUUUAUUUUCCGAUAAAGGCUACUUGACAAAAGGAUUCCACAUCUUUAAACUUGAUAUAUGUGGACCUAGAUGGAUAGAAGUUGAUGACUUGGGUGAUCGUGUUUUAUUAGUAGAUGAGACUCGAAUUCAGGUUAUUUCUACUAGGAAAAUUAACUUUCUUGGAAAGUUGAGCGGAGGCAAUUGUGUUUUAUUCUCUAACAAGUACGUGUUCAAACAUGAUCUUGUGGUCUUCUCUUUGAAGGAUAAGAGUGUUAAACCUUUAUCUCUCCAUCCCUCCUCCCAUCCACGCCUACAAUACUCUGGUUGUCGAUGUUUGUGGUUCAUGCCUAGUCCUUGGUAG